AUGCCGCGGAGCUGCGGCUUUGUAGCGCUCUGGACCGCGCUCGAGCCGGCCCGGGCACGGUGCAAACGCACACGCCCCUUGAACAGUUUAUGUGCGCGAUUACACGUUACAAUCCUGGCUCAGGGUAAGAGCAAGUUCCAGUGGAUCGAGGAAGGUUUCCGGGAAUACACGAAGCGACUCGCUCCGUUUGUUACCGUGGAGCAGGUCUGGGUGCGCGACGAGGAGGCCCUUGUCAAACGGACUCGACAGGAACGUGCCAGCAGCAGCGGUCAAGUGGUUGCCCUUGAUGCCCAGCGCGGAAAGGUAUACACAAGUGAGGAGUUUGCAGAGGUUUUCAUGAGGCAGAUGGAACAAGGCGGCUCCCGCGUCACGUUCGUGAUAGGCGGCGCCUCGGGUCUGCCACAAGCAGUCUACCAGCAUGCCCACGAAUUAUUGAGCUUGUCUACGCUGACGUUUACCCAUCAACUAGCUCGACUUGUGUUGAUGGAACAAAUUUAUCGGGCUAUUGAGAUUUACAACCAUACGCCCUAUCACAAGUAG